AGGAGUUAAGAUAAGGUUGGUGUAUUUUUCCCACCUGGCACUAUCUAUCAAGUCAUCUUGUUUCUCUCUCACCCUUACAAAGAUAGAGAAAAUCAGACACUUAAUACACUGAUUCUUAGUAACAAUGUUAGCUUCAACAGCUCUGAAUCUUGGUUCAUUGUGCAAUUUGCCAACCCAUUAUUCUCAUAAACCUUGUCUGUUUUUACAAUCUUCACCAUUCUUGGCAUCACCUAACAACACUGUUAUCAAGCACUGUAAUGGCUGGAAAUUAAGUAGACCUACUAAGAGGGCUGUUGCUGCUGUUGAUUCAUCUGCUCCUGCUGAAAAGCAAGAGACGGAAAGGAAGAAGUACUAUUUUCUUGUUGCCAAUGCCAAAUUUAUGUUGGAUGAAGAGGAGCAUUUCCAGGAGCAAUUGUUUGAGCGUCGUCGCCUGUAUGAAGAGCGCAACAAAGAAACGGAUUUCUGGCUUAUAGUUGAGCCCAAGUUCUUGGACAAGUUCCCUAAUAUCACCAAGAGACUCAAGAGACCUGCUGUAGCACUUGUUUCAACGAAUGGCCCAUGGAUCACGUUCAUGAAAUUGAGGCUAGACAGAGUUUUACAAGAGAGUUAUGAGGCUGACAGUUUAGAAGAAGCUUUGGCAUGUACUCCUGUUAAUCUUGAGUUUGAAAAGCCUGAAAAAUGGACAGCACCAUACCCAAAGUAUGAGUCCGGGUGGUGGGAGUCUUUCUUGCCCCCUGGAUCCCAAACGUCAAAGGUAUGAUUAGCAGACGUCUUCCACAAUUCUGCUAUAUCAUCUAUGUUGCUUGAAAUAGGUCGAGUGCUUUUUGUUGGUCCGGCAUAACAGUUAGUAUCAGAAGUUAUGUGAAGAGAUGGUGGGGGAAACACGAUUGUAGUCUGUAGGUGAAGGUGUUUGUAACUCAUCUGAAGAUUGAGCAUUGUACUUAGCACAAAAAAGCAAUGUGGCAUAAAUGUAAUAGUUUGGUAAUGAACUACGAUUAUGGUUGGUUAGUUUACAUUUUACCUCUAUAUAGAAAGGUGUUUCCAGUCCACUAUUGGCUUUUGCUGAUAGUUCUUGAUAUGAAGUGAGAACUCUUUUCUUG